AGAAUGGAUUUGAAUUGUUCGGAUCCAAGAGCGCAUCCUAAAACCUCAAUGACUUUUUCGGCUUAUUUAACUUCUGUGUGUUAUUUUAUAUGUUUUUGUAUUGCCUUUGUUGGUAAUUCUACGAUGUUUCUAAUUUUAAUCAGGAAUCAAAGAGUGAAAGUCAAACGAGUACAUACAUUACUAUUGCACAUGAAUAUUGCUCAUUUGGUUGUAACAUUAAUAUAUAUGCCAAAAGAAAUAAUUCAUAAUAUUACGAUCGCUUGGUGGGGAGGGGAUUUUCUUUGUCGUUCUUGUAAAUUUUUCGAUAAUUUUGGAAAUGCUUUAGCGGCAAAUAUAUUAGUGUGCAUAAGUCUUGAUCGUUUUUAUUCCAUUUUUUCACCAUUAUAUACGUUGAACGCGAAAAAAACAGUUAGGCGUAUGGUAAUUAUAGCUUGGAUUGUUAGUAUCGUCACAAGUUUGCCAUCGGCAUAUUUUUUUAGAACGUCAAAUCAUCCAUGUGCUAAAUGGUACACGCAAUGUGUAUCUGGUGACUUUGUAGGUGCUCUUUCUUCUAAGGUCGUCUUUGGUUACACGAUAGUUAAUCUUAUACAAGUAUAUAUAUUGCCAUUAUUUUUCAUCGUUAUUUGUUAUUCUUUAAUUCUAUAUAAAAUUUCAUCAAAAACCAAACCAUCUGAAAACUGCCCACGUUUACGAAGAUCAGGUGAUGCAUUACUAGAAAGAGCCAGAAAUCGAACGCUAAAGAUGACUUUCGUGGUCGUAGCCUGCUUUCUACUUUGCUGGACACCAUAUGCUACGGCUUCUUUCAUACAUUUUACUUUGAUAAUUCGUAAAUUAAUAUACGCAUUCGCAGUAUUCAAUUCCGCAAUAUCUCCCUAUCUUUAUGGAUAUUUCUCAUUUGAUAUAAAAAAAGAAUUCAUUUUGCUCUCGAAUCGUUCAACUUCAAGGCUCGUCGAUGCUCAUUACCAACCAGCAUUUUGCACCGAGAAGGUUUCCUUUCGUUAUAACCUUAAAAAGAAAAAAAACCUAUAUUUUAAUUAUAAAAUAUAA